UGGCGGAGCAUCAUAAAGUAUCGCGGGGUGGUAAAAGGAUAGAAGACAGAAGCCUGAACAUGUAUAGCCUAUAUCCAACGGUGUUACUUUUUUUUACCUAGACAACACGGCCGGCUGUUAACACUUGACAUGUGCCACUGGCAAUAAGAAAGACCUGCCUGAAAUAUCUGGGAUUAACAAAGAACUGAACAUGGCCGCCCAUAGAAUCAGAACCACCAACAACAUAGCCCUACCCCGCUGCAAGUCAGAGGGCACUCUCAUAGACCUGAGUGAGGGAGUGACUGAGGCCACUCUAACAGAUGUCAAAGUGCUUUCUCCAAGUGCAUUGAGGCUUGAUACAACUGCAUCAUUGGGUACUGCGAGGGAAGUUGUUGCCAUCAAGGACUACUGCCCAUCCAGCUUCACCACUUUGAAGUUUUCAAAGGGAGAACGCCUGUUUGUGCUGGAUACAUCAGGAGGAGAGUGGUGGUACGCCCAUAACAACACAGAGAUGGGCUACAUCCCAGCAGCGUAUGUUCAACCUGUCAAUCAUCGGGACUCCUCGUUCAGUGACAGUGGGAUGAUUGACAGCGUAGGCGACUGCAGUGAAGAUGGGGCCAAGGAGCUGGAUCUCCUUGGAGAAUGGACAGGAGUGGUCCUGAAGCCUGUAGAACUCCAAAACGGAAACCCCUUUGCUGCCAGGACCUCAACUAACCCUUUUCUUAAUGGAUGUGUCCAAGAGUAUGUGGAUCAGAACAGCAACAGGAGCUCAGUUGACUUGCUUCUCUUUGACACCCUCACUCCUUCAGUCACCAAUUCCACUAGCAGUAACAUCAACGUCAAUGGUUUUGAUAGCUCCAUGUUUGAUACAAACACCAGCACAGAUAUGGCGUUUGAUAAAGACAACCCAUUUUUUAGGAGCAAACGCUCAUACAGUUUGUCAGAGCUGUCCACCUUGAGGGCCCAAAGAGAUGCCCCUCAGGGGUACACAGGAUUCUUUGGUGGUUUAAAAGCUCCAGCACCAGAGCAGUUUCAAAGCAGGGAGGACUUUCGGACAGCUUGGCUGAACCACAGGAAACUCGCGAGGUCAUGCCAUGAUUUGGACUCCCUGGGACAGAGUCCAGGAUGGGGACAAACACAGCCCAUAGAGACAAAUAUUGUUUGCAAGCUUGAUAGUUCAGGAGGGGCUGUUCAACUGCCAGACACCAGCAUCAGUAUUCAUGUCCCAGAGGGUCAUGUUGCCAUGGGCGACGCCCAGCAAAUCUCCAUGAAGGCUCUCCUUGACCCACCACUCGAGCUAAACAAUGACCGAUGCACCACAGUGAGCCCAGUGGUUGAGGUCAAGUUGAGUAACAUGGAAACAAAGACGGCAAUCACUUUGGAAAUGAAGGUGUCUGUCGUGGUGAAGAUGGACAGUAGACAAAUAGCCAAAGUGAUUUGCGUGCGAAGUGAUUGCAAAGAGGGUCCUUACACUCCUGUGCCUGAGGUGUAUAUGUAUGGCGACACGGUCCAGGUAUGCCUUGAUAACCUUGAGCCCUGCAUGUACGUGUCGGUUGUAGCACAAGCCCAGUCGGUUUCUCCAUUUACAUCAGUGUGGGAGCAUGUUGUAAAGAAGGUAACCCUUGGCGUUUACGGGCCCAAGCACAUCCACCCGUCCUUCAAGACAGUGGUAGGCAUCUUUGGCCAUGACUGUGCCCCCAACACCUUGAUGGUCAGUGAAGUUGGCAAACAAGCACAGUCGACGCCGCCAGUUGCUCUCCAGCUGUGGGGGAAGCACCAGUUUGUGUUAGCGAAGCCGCAAGACCUACAAGUGGGUGUGUACUCCAACAUGGCCAACUAUGAGGUCAAGGCCAUGGGGCAGGAGAGAACCGUGAGGGGCUUCCAGGUCAAGCUAGGAAAAGUGAGUCGGCUGAUCUACAUGAUUGCCACACGGACGACCGGAGAUAUAUCAGACUUUACUCUGAGGGUCCAGGUCAAAGACUGCCAGGACUGUAUCCUUGCACAGUUUUGCGUUCAGACACCCCAGCCGCCACCCAAAAUAGGGCCAAAAACCUCAGUGCAGAGGCGUUUCUUGAAGAAGAAGGAGGCGAACAAAAUUGUGCUGUCACCACUUGCCGUCACCACAAAAUACCCUGUGUUUCAGGAGCGAAAAGUCACAAAUUUAAAAUUUGGCAAAUUAAUCAAGACAGUGAUCCGACAGACCAAGAACCCCUAUCUGUUGGAGUACAAGAAAGGAGAUAUAGUAGCUCUUCUGAGCGAAGAGCGAAUUAAACUCAAGGGACAGCUUUGGACCAAGGAGUGGUACGUUGGUUACUGUCACGGAAAGACAGGCCUGGUUCAUACCAAAAACGUGCUUGUGGUGGGGAAAGUGAAGCCAAUUUACUUCAGCGGGCCCGACCUGACAACCACCAUUCUCCUGGAACAGAGCCUGAAGCCCUGCAAGUUCCUCACUUACAUCUAUGCGUCAGUAAGGACAAUAUUGAUGGAGAACGUAGGCAGCUGGAGGGCAUUCGCUGACGCCUUGGGGUAUGUGAACCUGCCACUGACACAUUUCUGUCGGACAGAGCCGGACAGCGAGCCUGAGAAGGUGGCUUCUGUGCUGGAGAGACUGAAGGAGGACUGCAACAACUCUGAGGGCAAGGACAGGAAGUCCUUCCAGAAAGAGCUCAUGACUGCUCUCCUGAGGAUGGACUGUCAGGGCUUGGUGGCACGUCUGGUCAUGGACUUUGUGCUGCUGACCACAGCUGUGGAGAUCGCCGGCCGCUGGAGAGAGCUGGCCGACAAACUGGCCAAAAUGUCCCGGCUGCAGAUGGACGCCUAUGAGGCUCCGCAUCGGGACAGGAACGGAGUGGUGGACAGCGAGGCCAUGUGGAAGCCUGCCUAUGACUUCCUGCUGACGUGGGCGGCUCAGAUUGGGGACAGCUACCGUGACGUGCUGCAGGAGCUUCACCUGGGCCUGGACAGGAUGAAGAACCCCAUCACCCGCCGCUGGAAGCAUCUGACAGGCACGCUCAUCCUUGUCCACUGUCUGGACCUGCUGCGCAGCUCGGCCUUCUCCUCGGCGCACCAGGAUGACUGUGCUAUUUGACUUUGCUGAGAGUCCCCCGACUGCGCUAUAUGAGUGCCCUGACUGUGCUAUAUGAGUGCUAUAUGAGUCCCCUGACUGUGCUAUAUGAGUGCCCUGACUGUGCUAUAUGAGUGCUAAAUGAGUCCCCUGACUGCUAUAUGAGUGCCCUGACUGUGCUAUAUGAGUGCUAUAUGAGAGCCCUGACUGUGCUAAAUGAGAGCCCUGACUGUGCUAUAUGAGUGCCCUGACUGUGCUAUAUGAGUGCUAUAUGAGUCCCCUGACUGUGCUAUAUGAGUGCCCUGACUGUGCUAUAUGAGUCCCCUGACUGUGCUAUAUGAGUGCCCUGACUGUGCUAUAUGAGUGCUAUAUGAGUCCCCUGACUGCUAUAUGAGUGCCCUGACUGUGCUAUAUGAGUGCUAUAUGAGAGCCCUGACUGUGCUAAAUGAGAGCCCUGACUGUGCUAUAUGAGUGCUAUAUGAGUGCUCUGACUGUGCUAUAUGAGUCCCCUGGCUUGACACCCGGCCCUCCUCGCUACAAACUGCACUUUCACAGACCUCAUCCUCCAGCCCCACCCCCCUGCUUUAGACUGGUCCCAUCUCUGCAUUUACAGUAGAUAAUACUCAGCUUAUACUCAACAUUUUAUACCCAAUGUUCAGUCCUUCGCAGGGAUCCACAAUAAUGACAGUACUGUUCAUGUUCAGAAAAUCAUGCUUGUUUGCACCUAUUCUUCUUCGUUCGUCUUUGAAGAGGGGUUUGUCCACUCGUCUCGUCCACUUACUUUCAUAACAGCUGAUCUUGGUUUUCAAAGACCCCUGUAACUGCUGCAGAGAAGUCUGUCCAAGUAGCCAUGGUGUAGGCAAAGGAGGAAUUCAGACUAUUGAGUAUGCACGAUCACUUGUUCUGAUCUGAUAUAGAGAUUGCACAGAUGUGGUUAACUAAGCUCUUUGUCCUGACUGCUGGGCUAGCAUUCAAACUAUGAAAGGCUACUUCUUACAACAGGCUGUUACCAAAUCUGCAGUAUUCAAAUAUUUGUAUUGUUUCUUUCUGACACAGGAUAUAUUUUUUUGAAUAUAGCACAAAAUACUUUUUGAACCACUUUGACACUUUUUUGAUGUUAACUAAAUACACUGUAAAAGAGAAAAAUACAAAAAAACAUGAUAUCAUCAUUUAUAUAUCAAAUAUUUAUCAAGUAUAUAUGGCAGCCAAACAUAUGUGUUUUAUGUAUGUAAAAGUUUACGGUUUAUGUGUUUCAAGUUAAUCUGUUACAGAGAACCUUUCCUUCCUGGUCUCUUCUACCAAAACCCAAUUAAUUUAGGUAAACUGUUGUCUUGCCUGACAGUUUUGUACAUUUGUAUCAAACAUUGAUGAUCAAGAUGUUUUUUAAAGAUGAAAUGCUUUAAAUGUGUAUGUCAAAACACUGUAAUUUUAAAGGCCAAGGAUGUCUGGAAAAAAACAUGUUUAUGCAUUUCUUGUGCUGGAUUCAGUGCUGUGUACUGUAAGCUUAUUUAGGACAUUUAUUUGUUGCAUGUUUAUUGAACUACAUACCAUCAUUUGGAAUAAAAUAUUAGCCUUUA